AUGUCCUUGGUCGCAAAGUCAUGGCUGUGCAACACUUGCCGGCGCAAAACGCUUAGCAGGAGCCCCUUCAUUGCCGCAUCCCUCACAACUCGAGCGUCUUACUCAACCACCAGUCGACAUGACAGACCCUUCCGCAUGGCCGUGGUCGGUUCUGGCCCGGCCGGUUUCUACACAGCGUACAGAGUCAUGUCCAAGAUACAAAGAGCCAAGGUAGACAUGUUCGAAGCGCUGCCAGUCCCAUUUGGCCUUGUGAGAUUCGGCGUCGCACCCGACCAUCCCGAAGUCAAGAACUGCCAGGACAAGUUCGAAGAGGUCGCAAGUUUUCCCGACUUCACCUUCAUCGGCAACGUCUCAAUCAGCAACGCAGACGGCCAUUUCAGCGGCUGCACAAUCCCGCUGGGCUCCAUGAUGCGACACUACGAUGCCGUGGUGUUUGCAUAUGGCGCGUCCAAGGACAAGAAGCUUGGCAUACCCGGGGAGUCGGAGCUUCAGGGCGUCUAUUCGGCGCGAGAGUUUGUCGGCUGGUACAACGGACUGCCGGAAUAUGCCCAUCUGGCGCCCGACUUGACGCAAGGAGACGAGGCAGUCAUCAUAGGGCAAGGCAACGUGGCUCUGGAUGUCGCGAGGAUGUUAUUGGAGAAUGUGGAUAUACUUCGGAAGUCGGACAUCACGGAGGCCGCUAUCGAGACGUUGUCCAGGAGCCGUAUCAAGCGAGUCCAUGUGGUUGGAAGGAGAGGGCCAAUGCAGGCCGCUUUCACAAUCAAGGAAGUUCGAGAGUUGAUGAAAUUGCACGAUGUCGGGUUCCAUCCCGUGGACAUGUCUCUCCUACCUGACGAGAUAUCAAAGCUACCUCGCGCUCGGCGACGGCUGAUGGAAGUCGUGGUCAAAGGCUCACACGCGCGUACCGACGACGCGCAUAAAUCAUGGUCUCUCGACUUCUGUCUAUCCCCCACCGAGUUCCACGGCAAGCCGGGCGGGCGGGUCCGCAGCACGACUUUUGAGCGGACGUCUCUGUCUUCGCCUUUCGAUCCCGUAUCCGACGUCCAGGGCACGGGUGAGAAGCUGGAGAUCCCAUCGGCGGUGGCGUUCCGCUCUAUCGGCUACAAAUCCGUGGCAUUGCCCGGAUUCUCCGAAGCAGGCGUCCUGUUCGAUGACAGGAAAGGGGUCAUCCAGAACGAUGGGUUCGGUCGAGUGCUGCAGAAGAGCCGGGAUAGCACUGACAGCGAUCCACGAGCUGCACAGUUACCAGGUGUCUACUGUGCUGGGUGGGUGAAGAGAGGUCCUACGGGCGUGAUCGCCUCGACUAUGGAGGACGCGUUUUCCACCGCCGAUGCCAUUGCUGCAGACUGGAGUUCCGAGACCCCGUUCCUGAGUACGGAACCUGCCCAUGGCUGGGAAGGUCUACGGACCGAGGUAGAUCAUGACAAUUGUAGAGUCAUCCGCUGGGAAGACUGGAAGAAGAUAGACAAGGCCGAGAAAGAGCGCGGCUUGCUGGUUGGAAAGGAGAGGGAGAAAUUCACGAGCACAGACGAGAUGCUGGCCGCUAGCAGCCGUUAG